AUGAUAUCAAUAAAAGGAGUGGUGUCACCAUUAUUAUUAUUUAAAAAUAGUAAUAACAAUUUUAAUUUUACAAAAAUUGUUAAUAAUUUAAAUAGAUAUUACUCAACCACAACCACAACAACCACAACAACCAUCGGAAAUAAAGAAAAUAAUGGAAAGAAAUCAAUUAAAAUUUAUAAAUCAACAACUAAUAAUGCAUUAUUUAAUAUUGCAACAGAAGAUUGGUUAUUUAAAGAAUUUGAUUUAAAUAAACAAACAUUAUAUUUAUGGAGAAAUUCACCAACAGUUGUUAUUGGUAGAUAUCAAAAUCCAUAUAAAGAAUGUCAUCUUCAAAGAAUGGAAGAGGAUAAUGUUGUAUUAGCAAGAAGAUAUAGUGGUGGUGGUGCUGUUUAUCAUGAUUUAGGUAACACUAAUUUCACAUUUUUAUCACCAACUGCUGAUUAUAGUAAAGAUAGAAAUACAAAUAUCAUAAUUAAUUCCCUAUCGUCAAUUGGUAUUUCAGGACCAAUUGAAGCAUCUGGUAGAAAUGAUAUCAUUGUUCAAGGUAAAAAAGUAUCAGGUUCAGCUUAUAAACAAUCUGGUCCUCGUUCAUUUCAUCAUGGUACAAUUAUGAUCAAUGUAAAUUUAGAUUCACUUCAAAAAUAUUUAAAUCCAAAUAAAGAUAAAUUAAAGAGUAAAGGUAUUACAAGUGUCAUAUCAAGAGUAUUAAAUAUGAAAACUAUAUUACCAACAAUGAAUCAUGAAAUGGUUUGUGAUAGUGUAAUUAAAGAAUUUUGUAAAAUGUAUGGAAAUGAUAAUGUAGAGGUAGAGGAAUUGACAGUUUCAGAUUUAGAGAGAAUACCAUCAUUAAAGGAAACUUAUGAAACCCUUCAAAAAUGGGACUGGAGAUAUGGUAAUUCACCAGAAUUUGAACAUCAAUUUGAAAAAAGAUUCGAUUGGGGCACAGUUGAUAUCAAUAUGAAUGUUACAAAAAGUAUAAUUGAUAAAGUAAAGAUUUAUAGUGACUCACUUAAUCCAACAAUGAUUGAAGUACUCUCAAAUAAUCUUUUAGGUAUGAAAUACAAUGAAGAAGGUAUCUCAAUUGCAAUUGAAAGAACAAAAACUUGUUGA